AUGAGAGUUCCACAUGAUCCUGACCAAGUUUCCACUGCCACGAUCACGAAUUCUUCCGGACUUUUCACUAUCUCAACCAAGGUAGCGAGGCCACUGGCUGACGUUGGGGCGGGCAUCAGCUGGCCUGUUCAGGAGAGGACAUCUGAUCCUGUAGCCAUCUUCUUUCAGCCCGUAUCCAAGCUGUCGUGGCAUUGGAAUUGGAACAAAAACUGGGAUCGUGUCCUCCCUGAGACAACUCCCGAUCUCAAAAUUCCUGCUGAAUUUGUCCCCAUGAUAUUCUCUCCCAAUCAUCUGAACGAUGGAGUGGAUGUGCCCCAGCAAUGGAGGGUUCUCAUGGGCUUUAACGAACCCGAUCACGAUGACCCCUCUGUCGCAACCAAAUGCUCACCUGCUGAAGCUGCAGUGGCAUGGACUAAGCUUGCCGCUCUGCGCAAGUAUCCUCACCAAAAGCUCGUCUCUCCGGGUAUAGCUUGGGACUUCGAAUGGCUCAGAAAUUUCUUGUCUCUCAUUCCGGCGCAUAUCAAGCCGGACUAUCUGAAUGUUCACAUAUACACUACGACCUUCGACUCCUUCCAGUCUCAGGUGAAGAGGUACCACUCAGAAUUCGGCCUUCCCCUCAUCAUUACCGAGUUCGCCAUGCAUAGUUUCAACCCAAUGGUACCCCCACCUCGAAAUCAACAACAGGUCCAUGACUUUAUGGGACAAGUAACACAGUGGCUUGACAAGAAGGACUAUAUUGCGGCCUACAGCUGGUUCGGUGCGGUGAGAGACGGUGGAAAUCUGCAUGGAGUUCAUCACUUCAAUCGACUCAUGAACGAAGAGGGAAAGCUCACACCGUUAGGCCGCCAGUACGUGUUUGGAGGGCAUACCUAA